UGCAUGGACAAUAUCGCCCAUAAAUUCUGAAGUCCUCCAAAUUCUCCAUUAUUUCACCGGCAACCUCUGCAACAAGAUCCAGACAGAUGCUCCAGGCUUCGAUUUUCCCGGCGCAUGUUGCCUUUCCCGCCUCACGUCCCAAUGCAACUUUUCUGUAUCUUCGCCGUCCAUCUUCAUUUUUUCCAAUUUCUCCGCCGUUGGUGCCGCCGCGUGUCCCGUUGCUCUCCACUGCAAGGAGCUUCACUGCCGAAGCAUUUAUUGAUCUCAAAGGCGGUAAAGGAAUGAGUGCAUUCCAUGAGGUUGAGCUCAAAGUCCGUGAUUACGAACUGGAUCAGUAUGGUGUUGUUAACAAUGCUGUUUAUGCAAGUUAUUGCCAACAUGGUCGUCAUGAACUACUGGAAAAUAUUGGUGUCAGCUGUGAUGGAGUUGCCCGCACUAGUGAUUCAUUAGCACUGUCAGAGUUGUCGCUCAAAUUUCUUGGACCUUUAAGAAGUGGAGACAAGUUUGUUGUGAAGGUGAGGAUUUCAGACUCCUCAGCUGCUCGCAUGUACUUUGAGCAUUUUAUCUUUAAGCUGCCAAAUGAAGAGCCUAUUUUGGAGGCAAAGGCCACAGCAGUUUGGCUUGACAAAAAUUAUCAUCCUGUUCGUAUACCUCCAGAGUUCAGAUCAAAAUUUGUUCAAUUCCUUCGCCGUGAGGAGCCUAAUUGAGUUGUUGCUGCAUGAAUGAUACGUGAGAGAUUAUCCCAUUUGGGCAAUGAAUGAAGCAGAUGUGAUUCUUGAUUAGAGACCAAUUGAAGUAGUUAUUUCUUUUCCAACUUUUGUUGUUUGAUACCCUUAAAAAAGCUUAAAAAAAAAAAAAAAGGGAAAAACCAAAGUUAUGGAACAUAACUCAUGCUUGUUGAGCUCAAAGUGUUAUGCCUAAUGCAUGUACCAUUCUUUUACAAAUAUUAAAGGACAAAUGCCAAGUGUAUUGUAAAAGGUAAAAAUGUGUGCUUGUAAGCAUGAUUGUAUUUCUUGAGCAAACACUCAAGCUAUACUGCAUUCCUGCAUUCAUGUUUCUUUGUGACAUAUAUGAAACUAACAUUAUGCGACUUCUUUUGAGA